AUGCCGCUGCAAAUCAUCGUCGUUGGAGCUGGCAUUGGAGGACUUUGCACCGCCAUUGCGCUGCAACAAGCUGGUCACUCUGUCAAAGUCUUCGAAAAAUCUCAAUUCAAGGGAGAAGUCGGCGCCGCGCUGCUGCUCACACCGAAUGGAGAGCGGGUGCUGUCGCAUCUGGGCUUCGACCUGACGAUGGCCCGGGCCGACGAGAUGACCUGCUGGGAGAUCGUGGACGGUGUCACUCUGCAAAUUCUGGAUCGGACCCGUUUGAACGACUCACGAGAACGUUACGGAGCGCCUCUGCAUACCGUCCAUCGGGCAGAUCUGCAUCAGGAACUCCUACGCCUGGCGUCGUGUCCGUCGGAACGAGGAGGGCAUCUGGAUAUCCAUCUCGCUACUCGGGUCGUCACCGCACACGUCAAUGGAUGGGUAGAGCUGGACGAUGGAACCCGCCACGAAGCCGAUCUCAUUGUGGCUGCGGAUGGACUGCAUUCCAUCCUACGUGACAUGGUCAUCGGAGACGAGUAUCCGCAACUUUCGCAGCCCACCCCGUCCGGAAUGAGCGCUUUUCGCUUCCUGAUUCCCACGCCUUUAUUACAGCAUGAUGAGCACUUUCAGGAGCUUGUCAAGGUGAAGGGGCGUGGGUCAACAGUAUUUGCAGACACGCAGCACCAGACAGAGCGACAUCUCGUCUGGUACGACUGCCAAAAUGGACAAGUGCAGAACUUCGUUGGGAUUCAUGCCACGAGGAAAGAAGGAGAGGACGAUCUCAAAGCCCUGAUGGCGGCGGAGUUUGGGCAUUUCCAUCCCAGCCUCGUGCAUAUCGUCCAGGUGGCUCCCAGUGUCACAGACUGGCCACUUUCCAUUCAUGAACCGCUGCCAGUUUGGCACAGGGGGAGCAUUGUCCUGAUUGGCGAUGCAGCACACCCCAUGCUGCCCUUUGGUGGCCAAGGUGCCAACCAGGCAAUCGAGGAUGCUGGGGCUCUGGGAGCACUACUUACAGGGGUGCACUCGCCGGCCCAGUUGCCCCGUCGUCUUCAGCUCUUCGAAAAGGUGAGACGAUUGAGAGCAUCGAGGAUUCAGGUCCUGUCAAAGACGCGUCUGGGGAAGGAGAAGGCAGUCGAGGAGGAACUGCGUCAAUACGCGGACUCACCUGAGAUGGAUAUUCCUACGACGUUUCAAGAGCGCUAUCAACACGAUUUUGCAUUCGACGUGUUUGAAAAGUGUCGACAGGUACUGGCUGGGGGAGUGCAUGUCGAGUAG